AUGAUCGAUGAUGGCUCAAACAAAUGUGGUCGAAAAUCGGCAUUGUCAAUAUUCUUCGCGUUCUCCCUUCUCGCUUUCCUAUUCUGCCUUCUCUCGCUGAUCUCACCAUCAUGGCAAUACGCCAAUUUGGAAAACGGUCGAACCGAACAUCAUCAUGGAUUAUGGCUCGAUUGUAAACGCGAUUACUCGUUUGACUACGGUCGAACCCGCGAGUAUUACGAGACGCUCUACCGGCGCGACAUGCAAGGCUCUCCGUUCGACGUGUUCUAUUUGCCGCAAUUACAAUGCGUCUACAAAUUCGACUAUUACAUCGAUCAAGAGGAUUUGUAUGACCAUAAUCAUGACGAGAAUCGAAUUCAGAACGAUGCAUAUCAACAUUUGUUUUUAGGUUGGAAAAUUGCGGCUCUUGUUGGAGUUGGGGUCGGCGUUUUGUUCUCGGCUUGCUCAAUUCUUCUAGGCGUUUGCUCGUUUUGCCAUCGAACUUUCAUUUGUGCCUGUACAGUUCUUCUCACUAUUGCAGCCAUACUUUCAAGUCUCGGGUCAGCGAUUUUCUAUAUUUGGGCAAAUUAUCAAGAUAACAAAGUAAUCAAAGAAGAAGAUGAGGGCGAAAUCUACGAACAAUCGUUGGGUUGGGCAUUUUGGUGCCACGUGAUUGGAACAAUCCUUCUAUGGAUUUGCUCGGUUCUCGGAUGUUGCGUUACUUCGAUAUCAUUUAGUAAAAGUCGAGCGAAACUAGUGAAAAUUGAAGUAAUCGAAAACGACGAUGGCUCGGAACUUCUUUCUUCGCAGAAUUUCAAACGAAGUUUCUCAGCGGUCUAUCGUGUUGAUUCAUCCGCUCUACGUCAAUGGGAGAAGAGUUAUUUGAAGAACGUCAGAUCGCGGACUGAUGUCGAAACGAAUUUCAAACGAACGGCUUCUGUUCCCAACUUUUCGAAAAAUCAAAAGAAGGCAAAUCGAAGGUCUGUGAGGCAAAGUGGACAAGAUUUUUUCUCAUCCAAUUCAAAUAUUACGGAAUUUACAAAUUUUGGAUCCAAUGCCACUAUCAACACACAACAAACUCGAGAAACAGCUCAAACAGCUCCAGCGGCUCUUCCGAUUCCUGUUGCAACUCCAGUCACUCCAAAAUUGCCUCUAAAAUCCGCUUUGAAAACGCCAACUCAGACUCGUAAAGAGCUUCCAUUGAUCCCAAAUGAGCCACAUUAUGAGUAUAUGCCGUGCGAUUCGACGAUUGGAGUCUCGAGUUUCCUCGGAUCAAGAACCCCAACGCGACCGAAUCAUGCUUACGACGAAGUGUAUGAAACAAUUGGAGGUGGCGAUGCUUAUCUCGAACCGAACAGUGUUCGCAACAAUCGAUUAUCGAAUUCGACGCUCAGUACAACUGACAUGGAGCAUUCAAAGUUGCUCAACAAAACACUUCCGCCAGUGCACGGCUCGUCUCAGUCAAUUCCAGCGCCGAAACCCAAAACAACACUAAUCGACGAUAAACGGCCGAUGUCAUAUAAUGAAGAAGGCACGUCGAAAAUUCGGUUCAGAGAAACAAAGACGGUUGAAGAGCGCGAAAAAUUCGUGAAGACGUCAUUAUUGCCGCCACCACCAAUUCUCCCACCAAAGCCGAAAUCAAUUAGGGAUUUUGGAAUUGAUUUAUCAAAAGAGAGUGUCGGAUCAUGUAAAGUGGAAAGUAAUCAGGAGAAUCGGCCAAAAUUUGCCAUUAAUCACAGUUUCGAAGAUUCGGACGAAUUGCCACCACCGCCUCCAGAUUUAGCACUAAACACAUUUGCAGCAAGGCAAAAAUCCAUAACAAAUUUAUCAUUUCGAGGGGUGACUCCUUCAAAUAAUACGGGUGUCCAUCAAAUAUUCGAUCGGCCAGAUUCGAUAGUUUCGAGUGUUUCGUCGGCUGAGCCCAAAAAAGUCCCAAUGCUUCCAAAUAUGGCAUUGCACAGACGACUGUUGAAUUCGAUGCCCGAUGAGGUGGAUCGAAGCAUUGGUUCCUCGACGAUUCUCGAAAACGACACUAGAGAUUCGACGACAUCUUACGCGCGGGACGCCGAGAUCCGUCUGAAUCUGUUCAUGAAUGACCAAUCUUCAAAAAAUCAGGACGAGACGACCGUCUAA